AACCUAGCCUUUUCUCCUCAUCUAACCUUAGUCUUUCCGCCUAGAUAUCAGUGAUGUCGGAGAUGGGCACUUUCAAGAAGUUGGAUGACACAACAUUGACCAUUUUAAAAGCUGCAAACAUUAGUGAAGGCUUGUUGCACACCUUCUCGCGUGAUGAUAUAAGGGACCUUUUUCCGGGCCCUGAGCACUUUCUGAGGAGAAGAAGUAUCUGGCAAAUGAUUCAUCCUGAGGAGCAGGCCUCAAACUCCGGACACCCACAAAGUCUUAGUGAUGGAAGUUCUGCAUCCCCUUCGAAUGAGCCACCCCAAACAAACCUCCACGGAGCCACCUCCCUGAAAAGAGCAACUCCCAAGAAAGUUUUACAGCUACCCAGCCCUGAGUAUGUAAUCUACACAGACAAUGAGUUGGAGCAAGUUCGCAAGCAUUACUUUGAAAUGAAGAACAUUGGGAGAGAGGGGGGCUGCACUCUGUCAAAGGAACUUCGGUGCAGACUGGUGAGAAAUACCAUGACCAACAUGGUCUCCAUCCUGAGGGCAACUGUUGAGGCUGAAGAUGUCAGGUAUCCUUCAAAAGAAGAAAUCACUGCAAUGGCUAAGAGACUUGUAGAAUAUUAUCCCAUGCUGCAAGACAAGCCUGGUGGCUCUAAACAUUCAUGGGUAACACUCUUCAGACAACUUUACAAGAGACUUCAGAAUAUAAGGUCUCCACAAAGGACACAGGGCCCAACACCUGAGAGGGGCCAGACGUAA